CCUCGGUUCCGCUCCUGUUGGCGGCGUCGAACCCCAUUCAUUGCCGCGCUGCUAAGCGGCGCCGCGGGUCGGCUCGUGGGCUCGGGUUCUGUCCCCGCGGGGCGGGAGGCCGCCAUGGCGACCCUGGAGAAGCUCAUGAAGGCCUUCGAAUCCCUCAAGUCCUUCCAGCAGCAACAGCAGCAGCAGCAGCAGCCUCCGCCGCCGCCGCCUCAGCUUCCUCAGCCGCCGCCGCAGGCGCAGCCGCCGCCGCCUCAGCCGCAGCCGCCCCCGCCCCCGCCGCCGCCGCCGCCCCCCGGCCCGGCCGUGGCCGAGGAGCCACUGCACCGACCAAAGAAAGAACUCUCAGCCACCAAGAAAGACCGCGUGAACCAUUGUCUGACAAUAUGUGAAAACAUAGUGGCACAGUCACUCAGAAAUUCUCCAGAAUUUCAGAAACUUCUGGGCAUCGCUAUGGAACUUUUUCUGCUGUGCAGCGAUGAUGCAGAGUCGGAUGUCCGGAUGGUGGCUGAUGAGUGCCUCAACAGAGUCAUCAAAGCCCUGAUGGACUCCAGUCUGCCGAGGCUGCAGUUAGAGCUGUAUAAGGAAAUCAAAAAGAACGGUGCUCCCCGGAGCCUUCGUGCCGCCCUGUGGAGGUUUGCUGAGCUGGCUCACCUGGUCCGGCCUCAGAAGUGCAGGCCUUACUUGGUAAACCUUUUGCCUUGCCUGACUCGAAUAAGCAAGAGACCUGAGGAAUCUGUUCAGGAGACCUUGGCUGCAGCUGUACCCAAAAUUAUGGCUUCUUUUGGCAAUUUUGCAAAUGACAAUGAAAUUAAGGUUCUACUAAAGGCUUUCAUAGCGAAUCUGAAGUCAAGCUCCCCGACCAUUCGGCGAACGGCGGCUGGCUCAGCAGUGAGCAUCUGCCAGCACUCGAGGAGGACCCAGUACUUUUACAGCUGGCUAUUGAAUGUGCUCUUGGGCUUGCUGGUCCCCGUUGAGAGUGAACAUUCCACCCUCCUGAUUCUUGGGGUGCUGCUCACACUCAGGUACCUGGUGCCCUUGCUGCAGCCUCAGGUCAAAGACACGAGCCUGAAAGGCAGCUUUGGGGUGACGCGGAAGGAACUGGAAGUCUCACCCUCAACAGAGCAGCUCAUCCAGGUCUAUGAACUGACCUUGCACUACACUCAGCACCAAGACCACAACGCAGUGACAGGCGCGCUGGAGCUCCUGCAGCAGCUGUUGCGGACGCCCCCGCCUGAGCUCCUGCGGGCCCUGAGAGCUCCAGGCGGCGGGCCACUCUCCACUGUGCGCCACCAGCCUAGCUGCCGGAGCCGCAGCGGCAGCAUAGUGGAGAUCCUGGCUGGAGGGGGUUCUUCAUGCAGCCCUGUUCUUUCAAGGAAACAAAAAGGGAAAGUGCUCUUUGGAGAAGCAGCAGCCUUGGAGGAUGACUCCGAGUCCAGAUCGGAGGGCAGCAGCCCCGCCUUCACAGCCUCAGUCAAAGGUGAGAUUGGCGGCGAGCUGGCUGCGUCUUCUGGAGUCUCCACUCCUGGCUCUGCCAGUUCAGCUGCGGACUCUGUGGGCCACGACAUCAUCACCGAGCAGCCCCGGUCACAGCAUACGCUGCAGCCAGACUCGGUGGAUCUGACCAGCUGUGACCUGGCGAGCGCAGCCACUGACGGAGACGAGGAGGAUAUCCUGAGCCACAGCUCCAGCCAGAUCAGUGCCGUCCCGUCUGACCCAGCCAUGGACCUGAAUGAUGGCACCCAGGCCUCCUCCCCAGUCAGCGACAGCUCCCAGACCACCACUGAGGGGCCUGAUUCAGCUGUGACCCCUUCGGACAGUUCUGAAAUUGUGUUAGACGGUGCUGACAGCCAAUAUUCGGGGAUGCAGAUCGGACAGCCACCGGACGAGGAUGAGGAAGCCACGGGUGUCCUUCCAGAUGAAGAUGCAGAUGCUUUCCGGAGCUCUUCAGUUGCUCUUCAGCAAGCACAUUUACUGAGAAGCAUGGGCCACAGCAGACAGGCCUCUGACAGCAGCAUCGAUAAAUUUGUCUCCAAAGAUGAAGCUGCUGAACCAGGAGAUCAAGAAAACAAGCCUUGCCGGAUCAAAGGUGACAUAGGGCAGUCUACCGAUGAUGAUUCUGUUCCUCUUGUCCAUUGUGUCCGCCUUCUGUCUGCUUCAUUUUUGCUGACUGGGGAGAAAAAUGUGUUGGUUCCGGAUAGGGACGUGAGGGUCAGCGUGAAGGCGCUGGCGCUCAGCUGUGUGGGAGCUGCUGUGGCCCUUCAUCCUGAGUCCUUCUUCAGCAAACUUUAUAAAGUGCCUCUUGACACCAUGGAGCAUCCUGAGGAGCAGUAUGUGUCAGACAUCCUGAACUACAUUGAUCACGGAGACCCCCAGGUCAGAGGAGCCACGGCUGUUCUCUGUGGGACCCUCAUCUCCUCCAUCCUCAGCAGGUCCCGCUUCCAAGUGGGGGACUGGAUGGGCACCGUCAGAGCCUUAACAGGAAAUACAUUUUCUCUGGUGGACUGCAUUCCUUUGCUGCAGAAAACUUUGAAGGAUGAAUCUUCUGUGACUUGCAAGUUGGCUUGUACAGCUGUGAGGCACUGUCUCACGAGUCUUUGCAGCAGCAGCCACAGCGAACUGGGGCUGCAACUGGUCACCGACUUGCUGACCCUGAGGGACAGCUCCUACUGGCUGGUGAGGACGGAGCUUCUGGAGACUCUAGCAGAGAUUGACUUUAGGUUGGUGAGCUUUUUGGAGGCAAAAGCAGAAAACCUGCACAGAGGGACCCAUCAUUACACAGGGCUUUUAAAACUGCAAGAACGAGUGCUCCAUGAUGUGGUCAUCUAUCUGCUCGGGGACGAGGACCCCAGGGUGCGGCAUGUUGCCGCAGCGGCCUUAAUAAGGCUUGUCCCGAAACUGUUCUAUAAAUGCGACCAAGGACAAGCCGACCCCGUCGUGGCUGUGGCGAGAGAUCAAAGCAGUGUUUACCUGAAGCUCCUCAUGCACGAGACUCAGCCUCCAUCUCACUUCUCUGUCAGCACCAUCACCAGAAUAUACAGAGGCUAUAACUUACUGCCAACCAUGACAGACGUCACAGUGGAAAACAACCUCUCCAGAGUCAUCGCGGCCGUUUCCCGCGAACUGGUCACGUCGACCACGCGCGCACUCACCUUUGGGUGCUGCGAAGCUCUGUGUCUCCUUUCAACAGCCUUUCCUGUCUGCAUUUGGAGUUUAGGUUGGCAUUGUGGGGUGCCCCCACUGAGCGCCUCUGACGAGUCAAGAAAGAGCUGUACUGUUGGCAUGGCCACGAUGAUCCUCACCUUGCUCUCGUCAGCGUGGUUCCCACUGGAUCUCUCAGCCCAUCAGGAUGCUUUGAUUUUAGCGGGAAACUUGCUUGCAGCCAGUGCCCCCAAAUCUCUGAGAAGUUCGUGGACCUCCGAAGAAGAGGUCAGCCCAGCAGCCGCCAAGCAGGAAGAGGUCUGGCCAGCUCUGGGUGACCGGACCCUGGUGCCCAUGGUGGAACAGCUCUUCUCGCACCUGCUGAAGGUGAUUAAUAUCUGUGCUCACGUCUUGGACGACGUGGCUCCCGGACCAGCAAUAAAGGCAGCCUUGCCAUCUCUGACAAACCCUCCAUCUUUGAGUCCCAUCCGACGGAAGGGAAAGGAGAAAGAACCCGGAGAGCCAGCCUCUGUGCCCUUGAGCCCCAAGAAAGGCAGUGAAGCCAGUCCAGCCUCUCGACAAUCUGAUGCCCCAGGGCCUGUUACAGCAAAUAAGUCCUCAUCGCUGGGGAGUUUCUGUCACCUUCCUUCGUACCUCAAAUUGCACGACGUCCUGAAAGCUACUCACGCCAACUACAAGGUUACCUUGGAUCUUCAGAACAGCACUGAAAAGUUUGGAGGCUUUCUGCGCUCUGCCUUGGAUGUUCUCUCUCAGAUCCUGGAGCUGGCAACGCUGCAGGACAUUGGGAAGUGCGUUGAAGAAAUCCUGGGGUAUCUGAAAUCCUGCUUCAGUCGGGAACCAGUGAUGGCAACUGUUUGCGUUCAGCAGCUGUUGAAGACUCUCUUUGGGACCAACUUGGCCUCCCAGUUUGAUGGCUUGUCGUCCAACCCCAGCAAGUCUCAGGGCCGAGCACAACGUCUGGGCUCCUCCAGUGUGAGGCCGGGCUUGUACCACUACUGCUUCAUGGCUCCAUACACGCACUUCACCCAGGCCUUAGCUGAUGCCAGCCUGAGGAACAUGGUGCAGGCGGAGCAGGACCACGACCCCUCAGGGUGGUUUGAUGUCCUUCAGAAGGUGUCUACCCAGUUGAAGACCAACCUCACAAGCGCUACAAAGAACCGCGCGGAUAAGAAUGCUAUUCAUAAUCACAUCCGCUUGUUUGAGCCUCUGGUUAUUAAGGCUCUAAAACAGUACACGACCACCACGUCCGUGCAGCUGCAGAGGCAGGUGCUGGACCUGCUGGCGCAGCUGGUGCAGUUACGGGUCAAUUACUGUCUGCUGGACUCUGAUCAGGUGUUUAUUGGAUUUGUGCUGAAGCAGUUUGAAUACAUUGAAGUGGGCCAGUUCAGGGAAUCAGAGGCAAUUAUUCCAAACAUCUUUUUCUUCCUGGUAUUACUAUCUUAUGAACGCUAUCAUUCAAAACAGAUCAUUGGAAUUCCUAAAAUCAUUCAGCUGUGUGAUGGCAUCAUGGCCAGUGGGAGGAAGGCUGUGACACAUGCCAUUCCAGCUCUGCAGCCAAUAGUGCAUGACCUCUUUGUACUGAGAGGGACCAACAAAGCCGACGCUGGAAAAGAGCUUGAAACCCAAAAAGAGGUGGUGGUGUCGAUGCUGCUGAGACUCGUCCAGCACCAUCAGGUGCUGGAGAUGUUCAUCCUGGUUUUGCAGCAGUGCCACAAGGAGAACGAAGACAAAUGGAAGCGACUGUCCCGGCAGAUCGCCGACGUCAUCCUCCCGAUGUUAGCCAAGCAGCAGAUGCACAUUGAUUCUCAUGAAGCCCUUGGAGUGUUAAAUACUUUAUUUGAGAUUCUGGCCCCUUCCUCCCUCCGUCCUGUGGACAUGCUAUUACGGAGUAUGUUUGUCACUCCAGAUACAAUGGCAUCUGUAAGCACUGUUCAGCUGUGGAUCUCAGGAAUCCUAGCCAUUUUGAGGGUUCUGAUUUCCCAGUCAACUGAAGAUAUUGUUCUCUCUCGUAUUCAGGAGCUCUCCUUCUCCCCAUAUUUAAUCUGCUGUCCAGUAAUUAAUAGGUUAAGAGACGGGGACAGUACUUCAACACCGGAAGAACACAGUGAAGGAAGGCAAAUCAAGAGUUUGCCGGAGGAAACGUUUUCAAGGUUUCUACUACAACUAGUUGGCAUUCUUUUGGAGGAUAUUGUUACAAAGCAGCUCAAAGUGGAAAUGAAUGAACAGCAACAUACUUUCUAUUGUCAAGAGCUAGGCACGCUGCUAAUGUGUCUGAUUCACAUCUUCAAGUCUGGAAUGUUCCGAAGAAUCACAGCUGCUGCCUCCAGACUCUUCACGGUAGAUAGCACCGACAGCAGUUUCUACGGCCUGGAGAGGCUGAACGCACGGGUGCGCGCCAUGGUGCCCACGCACCCGGCCCUGGUGCUGCUCUGGUGCCAGAUCCUGCUGCUGGUCAGCCACACCGACUACCGCUGGUGGGCAGAGGUGCAGCAGACCCCCAGGAGACGCAGUCUGUCCAGUACGAAGUCACUCAGCCCUCAGAUGCCUGGAGAGGAGGAGGACCCCGGUGCGGCCUGCAAGCUUGGGAUGUGCAAUAGAGAGAUAGUGCGAAGGGGAGCUCUCAUUCUCUUCUGCGAUUAUGUCUGUCAGAACCUGCACGAUUCAGAGCACCUAACGUGGCUCAUCGUGAAUCAUAUCCAGGACCUCAUCAGUCUGUCCCACGAGCCUCCCGUGCAGGAUUUCAUUAGUGCUGUUCACCGGAACUCUGCCGCCAGUGGCCUCUUCAUCCAGGCAAUUCAGUCCCGCUGUGAAAAUCUUUCCACCCCGACCACCCUGAAGAAGACACUUCAGUGCUUGGAAGGGAUCCACCUCAGCCAGUCAGGUGCUGUGCUGACGCUGUACGUGGACAAGCUGUUGUGCACUCCGUUCCGUGUGCUGGCUCGCAUGGUUGACACGCUGGCUUGUCGCCGGGUGGAAAUGCUUCUGGCUGCAAAUUUACAGAGCAGUGCGGCCCAGCUGCCCGCAGAGGAGCUGAGCAGGAUCCAGGAGUACCUUCAGAGCAGCGGGCUGGCGCAGAGACACCAGAGGCUCUACUCCCUGCUGGACAGGCUUCGUCUCGCCACCGCACCUGGCUCACGCGGCCCUUCUCCUCCGGUCACGUCCCACCCGCUGGACGGGGAUGGGCCCCUGGCACUGGAGACCAUGAUUCCAGACAAAGACUGGUACCUGCGUCUAGUCAAAUCCCAGUGCUGGACUAGAUCAGAUUCUGCGCUGCUGGAAGGGGCAGAACUGGUGAAUCGGCUUCCUCCCAGUGACAUGAGUACAUUCAUGAUGAACUCGGAAUUCAACUUAAGCCUGCUGGCCCCAUGCCUGGGCCUGGGCAUGCGCGAAGUCUCUGGGGGCCAGAGGAGCCCCCUUUUUGAAGCAGCUCGCCUAGCAACUCUGGACCGUGUGACCAGCCUGGUUCAGCAGCUUCCUGCUGCCCAUCAUGUCUUCCAGCCAUUCCUGCCUGUGGAGGCCACUGCCUACUGGAACAAGUUGAAUGAUCUAUUUGGGGAUGCCAUGUUAUAUUGGUCCUUGACCACUCUGGCCCGGGCCCUGGCCCAGUACCUGCUGGUGUUUCCCAAACUGCCCAGCCAUUUGCACCUCCCCCCUGAGAAGGAGAGGGACACUGUGAAGUUUGUGGUCAUGACCCUCGAGGCCCUGGCAUGGCAUUUGAUCCAUGAGCAGAUCCCGCUGAGUCUGGACCUUCAGGCGGGCCUGGACUGCUGCUGCCUGGCCCUGCAGCUCCCCAGCCUCUGGAGCACACUCUCCUCCCCAGAGAUGGUGACCCAUGCCUGCUCUCUCAUUCACUGUGUCCGCUUCGUUCUGGAAGCUGUUGUGGUGCAGCCUGGGGACCAGCUUCUUAGUCCAGAAAGAAGGAUGAACACCCCGAAGGCUUCCAGAGAGAACGAAAUAGAUUCAGACACACAAAACCCGGCAUACAUCACCGCAGCCUGUGCGAUGGUGGCAGAGAUGGUGGAGUCUUUGUCAUCGGUGUUAGCCUUGGGGCACAAAAGGAACAGCAACACCCCCGCGUUUCUCACAUCAGUGCUGAGGAACAUCAUCAUCAGCCUGGCUCGCUUACCCCUCGUCAACAGCUACACACGCGUGCCCCCCUUGGUUUGGAAGCUCGGAUGGUCGCCCAAGCCAGGAGGGGACUUUGGCACAGCCUUCCCUGAGAUCCCGGUAGAGUUCCUCCAGGAGAAGGAAGUCUUUAAAGAGUUCAUCUACCGCAUCAAUGCACUAGGCUGGACCAGCCGCACUCAGUUCGAGGAGACGUGGGCCACCCUCCUUGGUGUCCUGGUGACUCAGCCCCUGGUGAUGGAGCAGGAGGAGAGCCCACCAGAAGAAGACACAGAGAGGACCCAGAUCAAUGUCCUGGCUGUGCAGGCCAUCACGUCGCUGGUGCUGAGUGCAAUGACUGUGCCUGUGGCCGGCAACCCCGCUGUGAGCUGCUUGGAGCAGCAGCCCCGGAACAAGCCCCUGAAAGCCCUCGACACCAGGUUUGGGAGGAAGCUGAGUAUUAUCCGAGGAAUUGUAGAGCAGGAAAUCCAAGCGAUGGUUUCAAAGAGAGAGAACAUCGCCACCCAUCACUUAUACCAGGCGUGGGACCCCGUCCCUUCUCUGUCUCCAGCUACGACAGGUGCCCUCAUCAGCCACGACAAGCUCCUGCUACAGAUCAACCCCGAGCGGGAGCUGGGGAACAUGAGCUACAAGCUUGGACAGGUGUCCAUUCACUCCGUGUGGCUGGGGAACAGCAUCACGCCCCUGAGAGAGGAGGAGUGGGAGGAAGAGGAAGAGGAGGAAGCUGAUGUCCCUGCCCCGGCGUCACCGCCCACGUCACCCGUCAACUCCAGGAAGCACCGGGCGGGGGUCGAUAUCCACUCCUGCUCCCAGUUUCUGCUGGAGUUGUAUAGUCGCUGGAUCCUGCCGUCAGGUUCAGCCCGAAGGACGCCCAUCAUCCUGAUCAGUGAAGUGGUUCGAUCUCUCCUGGUGGUGUCGGACUUGUUCACGGAGCGCACCCAGUUUGAGAUGAUGUACUCGGCGCUCACAGAGCUGCGGAGGGUGCACCCUGCCGAAGACGAGAUUCUCACCCAGUACCUGGUGCCUGCCACCUGCAAGGCGGCUGCUGUCCUCGGGAUGGACAAGGCUGUGGCAGAGCCAGUCAGCCGGCUGCUAGAGAGCACGCUGAGGAGCAGCCAUCUGCCCAGCAAGGUUGGGGCCCUGCACGGUGCGCUCUAUGUGCUAGAGUGCGACCUUCUGGAUGAGACAGCAAAGCAGCUCGUCCCGGUCAUCAGCGACUAUCUCCUCUCCAACCUCAAGGCGGUGGCCCACUGCGUGAACAUUCACAGCCAGCAGCACGUGCUGGUCAUGUGCGCCACCGCCUUCUACCUGAUCGAGAACUAUCCCCUGGACGUGGGCCCAGAGUUCUCAGCCUCAAUCAUACAGAUGUGUGGGGUGAUGCUGUCCGGAAGUGAGGAAUCCACCCCAUCCAUCAUCUACCACUGCGUUCUGCGGGGCCUGGAGCGCCUCUUGCUCUCAGAACAACUCUGCCGGCUGGAUGCAGAGUCCCUGGUCAAGCUGAGUGUGGACAGAGUGAAUGUGCACAGCCCACACCGGGCCAUGGCCGCCCUGGGCCUGAUGCUUACCUGCAUGUACACAGGAAAGGAGAAACUCAGUCCGGGCAGAAGCUCAGACCCCAGCCCUGCAACCCCAGACAGCGAGUCAGUGAUUGUGGCAAUGGAGCGCGUGUCUGUUCUUUUUGACAGGGUCAGGAAAGGGUUCCCCUGUGAAGCCAGAGUGGUGGCACGGAUCCUUCCUCAGUUUUUGGAUGACUUCUUCCCACCCCAGGACGUCAUGAACAAAGUCAUUGGAGAAUUUCUGUCCAACCAGCAGCCGUACCCACAGUUCAUGGCCACUGUUGUGUACAAGGUUUUCCAGACUCUACACACCACUGGGCAGUCGUCCAUGGUCCGGGACUGGGUCAUGCUGUCCCUCUCCAACUUCACACAGAGGACCCCAGUGGCCAUGGCCGUGUGGAGCCUCUCCUGCUUCUUCGUCAGUGCUUCCACCAGCCCAUGGGUCUCGGCUGUCCUUCCCCACGUCAUCAGCAGGAUGGGCAAGCUGGAGCAAGUGGACAUUAACCUCUUCUGCCUGGUGGCCACGGACUUUUACAGACACCAGAUAGAAGAGGAGCUGGACCGCCGGGCCUUUCAGUCUGUGUUCGAGGUGGUCGCGGCACCAGGAAACCCGUAUCAUCGACUGCUGACUUGUUUGCGGAACGUCCACAAGGUCGCUGCGUGCUGAGCGCUCACGUGGGGCAGUGGCCCUGGAGCUGGGGAUCCCGCCCGUGUCGGCACAGCUCUGCACACGGGCCUCCCUGCUCCCCCGUGUCGCAUCGUGGCCGGGCAGGCGGUGUCCGGCUCUGCCACGUGACGGAGGAGCUCUGUGGCAGUGAGGCUCCUUGCAGGGAACAUAUGCAGUAAUGUGGGGUUGAGCCUGAGUCCUUGCGGAGGGCAGGGCAGCUGUGUCACUAACCCUCUGUGCCGCGGCUAGUGCGAGACGCCAGCUAACCAGCCGUUCCCGUCCUCCCCAUGCCCAGUCUGCUCGCGGCUGCCGGGCCACAGCUGCUCUUGCAUCCAGGGCGGAGUCCUUGUGCUUGCAGGGUGGCCCGGGCCCCUCUGCUGUCCCACAGGCAGGAGGUGGUGCCAGCGGGCUGUGGGGAGCACUCCCCCGGGCUCUGCGGUGUGUGCGGGUCCGGGGUGGGGGGGUUGCUGGGUAUGUGACACCCAGCGCCAUACUUCCCUUUCUCUGUUUUCUUCUCAGGAUUUAAAGUUUAAUUAUAUCAGUAAAGAGAUUAAUUUUAAGGUAACUUUCUCUGCCCGCGUAGAGUAUGUGCAUUGCCAAGUUUGUGCCGCACGCAGCAGCACCGGUGGAGGCUUCCCUGAACAGGGGUGCUCCCGCCACCACCUGCUCUCCGUCCCGCAGCUCUUCCUGCCAGACACCUGCCUUCCAUAUUAACAUGCCAGCCGCGCUCGGUGGCGCACUUCACCCUUUCUCAUGCAUUCACAUCUAGUAAGAAUUUAAGGCUGUUUAAUAUUGAGGUGUCUGCAUCAGGAACGCACACAGCCUCUCUGGGGAUUGGAAAGUACUGGCCCCUGUCCCGUGCACAGAUGGGGUCUCUCCUCCCACCUGGAUGGCUCCCGAGCUUCCAUCCCAGUGAAGGACUACUGUGCUGGUCCCUCACUGACAAGGCCAGCCCACCCAGCUCUGACAGUCAGUCGUGUCCAGUGACGCCAGCCCUGUUGGCCUAUGGCCCCAUCCCGAGUGGAGUCUGGGCGGCUGUCUGUCCAGGGGCCAACUGGCCACUCUUGGGGUCUGGUUCCCAUAUGGUCCCUCUUGUGUGUUAGGGCCCAGGCUCUUGGUCAAGGGCAAAGGUUGGCAUCUUGGCAGCCAUUCAAGAAGGACCCCAGCACCUCCUAGGUGACCUUCCCAGCUCAGCCUAUACACUGGGCCUCCUUUCGGGAGGGUGCAGAUCUGUGCCCAGUGGACCCAAGAUGGGGCUCGAUUGGAAGGAGCAGGAAGGAGACAGGACUGGGCAGUGGUUGGCUGGCCCAUGGCCCCUCAGAGCCACUGCUUCUUCCCAGACCUAGGCCACAGGACCAGCUUUCUGUUUCCAGCCCCAAAGUAGCCAAAUUGUCCAGUGCAGAAGAGGCCUGGCCGUUUGGGUUGACCUCUGCUGGACAGAGGUGUGGUGUGCCUUCAAGUGGGCCCGUGAUUGCUGUCUGACUAGGCUGGCAGGCUCUCUGCCCUCUUGGCCCCCAGAGACGGGCACAUCGUCACAUGGUGACCGCCACACCAUUCAGCUUGGUUGUGAGUUCAAAUGCAGGUAGUGUUUGGGGUAUUUCAUGGGUUAAGUGGAAGAGAACAUCGAACCCUUUUCCAGAGUUUGCAAAGGAGGAAUAUUGGUACAUGGUUAGUUACCCUGACGUCUGGCCAGCAUGGGCCUGACAUCCCACCAUAACACACACAGCCAAACUGCUGGGAGACUCCUGAGCUGACUGUCUGCCCCAGAGCUCCCGUUUCCUUCUGCCCUUUCCUGCUGCUGCGGUUUGGGACCUACUGGGGUGCAGGGUUUUCCCGCCAGCCUCCACAGAGGCCCCACCGAACCAGGGCGUGAGUGGUAGAAAUGGGUCCCAUGUCUGAGCAGGAUCGGAAGGGAACCUUAAUGGAAAGUAGGUCACCAUUGUCCCCGCCCCCGCUGGCCUCCCAUUUCUUGACCUGCCAUUUCCCAUAAAAAGCCUGGUGGGAUGUUUGUGAGUGUGGGGAAAGUGUGCCCCCACUCCCACCCGCCCCAUUACCUGUGCGGCCACGUGCUCUUCCUGCUGAGGUGUUGACAUUGUAGGCGGUAGCACUGUGAAUGGGAGGUUUGGAGCUGUUCCCCCUAGGAGCCAUAUCACUGGGCUUACCUGUACGUGUCCCCAUCUUCCCUUGUUUGUCACUGACCCGAGAUCGUCAUCUCUUAACAAGGGGGCCUGGAGCCCCGCUCUGGCCAUGGGCGACGACCCACACUGGGCUGUGUGCUCAGAGACGGACAGGAAUUGGCGAGCGCAGUUCUUAGCCAUGGAGAGCAGAUACGUGUGUGCCUGCGCAGACCUGAUUGUACGUAUGUCUCUGUAUGCAAAUGUGCAAGGCUACCCAGGAUGGCUGAGGCAGUUCUCAGAAUUCGGCUUUUCUUAGCUGGCCAUGUGGAGUUGGUUGCAUGGCUGAGACAUCUAGGAACCGUGUCAUUGCUCGUUAAAAUCCUGAGAAAAGGGUCCGCCUUUCUAGCUCUGUGCACAAGGAAUUAAAACUCUGUCAAGUUCCUAGAAGUCUGUGGCAAGCAGCAGUCAUCAAUCCAGAUGUUGUUGAAAAUGCUAAUUUGGCAGGUCUAUUUGCAGUGGGGGAGUUGUUUUCCUGCUGACACUUUGAACACAGACUUGAAUGAAACCAGGGCGAUGUCCUUCUGCAUGCCUUCCCCAGAAAUGUGCCUCCCCUCCCCGGUGCCCCACUGUGGGCUGCUAGUGCCCGCAUCUCCUGCGCUGUCCUAUUUUUGCCAGCAAAUGGAUCCGGAGGAUGAAUGAAGCUGACCCUUCCAGACACCCCAAAUGUAGCAUCAGAAGGCCCUGCCUCUUAGAGGACCCCCACCACACCCAGGCCCACCCUCCAUUGCAGAUGUCACUUCCAAGGCCCAGGGCCCCAGGGCAGCUUCUCCCGGGGAGCUGCAAUGAGCCCUUGUUGUGAGUUCUUUUGGAACAGACUCUGACGAAGCUUUCUUCGGUGGGGGUGGGGGGUGUCUCUGGUAUUGUGGGGAGUGGAGUUCAGAUACUGUGAGCACCUUCCCAGUCCUCACUUUCCAUUGUGUCCUUCCCUCUGCAGUGAGCCCUUGAAGCCAUGGCUCCCGGUCAGGGUGACUGUGGGGUGGUUCUUUGUGGGGGGCAGGGGGCAACAGCAGGGGACCUGCCUUGCUGGAGAGCUCAGGAGGGCUGUGCUGCUGCUGCUGGCCUGGAAGAUUCAGGGGUCACUUUCCCCCGUGCACCCAUCACCUUCAGUGCAGUCGAAGGAACCCCCUCCCCACCCCCGAGUGCUUCUGGGAACACCUGGCCCUGUACAGUCCCUGCUGUUUCCCGGUGCAAACUGGGUGGUGACCACUGGUGCUGGAGAAUCGUGGCCGUCAUGGAUGCAGGUGGUUGAGCUCCGAGCUGAGCAGGGGCCCCCUGUCCACGCUCGCCGCUACGCGCUACGGUGCGGUGCCAGUCAGCGGGCUGUGCGCUCCUACCACGCCACCACCACCAUCCCCCCAACGUGGGGAGCCAGCGAGGCUGUGAGGGGCAUUUCCCGGAGCCCUGACCUGGACCUGACUGUCCGCUUCCAAGAAGAGAGGGAAGGACUGACAAGUGAUAUGUAUUUAAAUUUUUUUAAACUGCUGCAAACGUUGUGUAUCUGAAUUAAAGGGAAAUAACACCA